CACGCAAAUUAUACGUAGUACAUAUCUACCUGCUAUAUUAAAAUACUAUUUAAAAGGACCCUGUAGCCGUUAACACAAGAAAAUGAGUAAAAAACGUCGGAUCAACUUAAGACAAACUGCUCGUGUAAACUAUUAUGAACCAGAAGAGCCGAAUUUGGAUGAGUAUGUUUUUUGCUCUGAAUGUGGUGAUUUUGUUUAUGAAUAUUGCUCAAUUCAUGGUCCACUGCUCGUGAUUCCUGAUGAUAAGGUACCCUUAAACCCUGAUGUUCCAUCCUUCGUCCCUCGUGCGGCCCUCACCAUUCCUCAUGUGUUCCUCCACCUCAACUAUUCCAGUAUUCCAGGUGCCGGUCUUGGUGUCUUCACAACCUUAACGCUGCCGCGCGGCGUCCGGUUUGGUCCCUACAGGGGAAGCAAGAGUGACAAAAUUAAGUCUUCGUAUUGUUGGCAGAUCCGGGAUGCCAAUAACCGGCCAUGCCACGUCAUGGACGCUUCGGACGCCAACAACUCCAAUUGGAUGCGCUAUGUCAACUGCUCCAGACAUUGGUUCGAGCAGAACCUUGUUGCGUACCAGUACAGAGGACAGAUAUACUACAGAACGAUCAAAAUUAUACCUCGAUUCACUGAGUUAAUGGUAUUUUACGGCAGCGAAUUUGCUUGUGAGCUGGGUAUAGAUCUGAAGAAAUACAACGCUCCUAGCACCUAUGCCCAGAAACUAGGGACGCAAAAAACAACACAAGAUGACGUGAAAAAAACGACUAUCCCUGUAAAUAGUACACAACUGGUAGCAAUAUCAAAGGAAGACAUAUCAGUAGAAGAUAAGUUAAAAACAAUAGACGGGAAAAUUCAAGAAAAUACAGUGAACUUAACACAUGAAGAAAAGGACCUUGAAAAGAUACAUAACCUGUUCCACUUAGGAAGAGCUGACAAAGCUGAUCUGGGCAGGGCUGCCACUCUUAACUCCUCCCUCCCCUAG